GCGCGGGGCGGCGGGUCCCGGCACCGCUCCCUGCUUCCCUGCGGGGCGCGGGCAGGCGGCGAGGAUGAGCCAGAGGGACACCCUGGUGCAUCUCUUCGCUGGCGGAUGUGGAGGUACUGUUGGUGCAAUUCUGACAUGUCCACUGGAAGUUGUGAAAACACGGUUGCAGUCCUCCUCUGUGACUCUCUACAUCUCUGAAGUCCAUCUCAACACUGUGAAUGGUGCUAGUGUCAACCGGGUAACGAGAGUUUCUCCUGGACCUCUCCAUUGUUUGAAGAUGAUCUUGCAAAAUGAAGGUCCUCGUUCUCUGUUCAGAGGGCUGGGUCCUAAUUUAGUAGGUGUUGCUCCUUCCAGAGCAAUAUAUUUUGCUGCUUACUCAAACUGCAAGGAAAAGUUGAACAAUAUUUUUAAUCCAGAUUCUACCCAGGUACACAUGAUUUCAGCUGGUGUGGCAGGUUUUACUGCAAUUACAACAACUAAUCCCAUUUGGCUGGUAAAGACACGAUUACAGCUUGAUGCAAGGAAUCGUGGAGAAAAACGCAUGAGUGCUUUUGAAUGUGUCCGAAAAGUUUAUCAAUCAGAUGGUGUUAAAGGCUUUUACAGAGGAAUGUCAGCAUCUUAUGCAGGCAUAUCUGAGACUGUUAUUCAUUUUGUUAUUUAUGAGAGUAUUAAGAGAAAACUACUGGAGUAUAAGACUGCUUCUGCUAUGGACAAUGAGGAUGAAUCAGCAAAAGAAGCUUCGGACUUUGUUGGCAUGAUGAUGGCUGCUGCCACUUCCAAAACUUGUGCAACAUCAAUAGCAUAUCCCCAUGAGGUUGUACGAACAAGAUUAAGAGAAGAGGGAACAAAAUACAGAUCAUUCUUCCAGACACUAUCUUUGCUUGUGCGAGAAGAAGGGUAUGGAUCCCUCUACCGAGGUUUAACUACACAUCUUAUCAGACAGAUUCCAAACACAGCUAUCAUGAUGUCAACCUAUGAAGUGGUAGUCUACUUGCUCGAUGGAUAGCAGCGUGACAAGGCUAUCUAGAAGAAGGUGGAAGAUGGAAAGACUGGAGUGGACCACUGAAUGUCAAUGCCAAUGUCGUGGGCAAAAGGAAAGGUGUAUCAGGAGUAUGCAGCUAUGGACAAAACAAAAGGUUGAUUGUGGAGAACUCUGAAUAAUUUUGCUGCCUUAUUGUAUGGUCUCUUGGCAGUGUGUCAAAUGGAAACUGUCCCUUAGGAAAUGCCUUUAUACAUCUCUUGAUUUGAAAUUGUUCCUUUCUUUUCAUCUGUUAAUCCAGACAGGGUCAUUCAGUCAUUUUCAGGGACCUGAUGGGUGAGAGGGGAGAACAUAAAAUAUACUCUUGGGGCAGCAUUACUCACUUCUCUUAGUGAUUGUUCUCAACUACAUCCUUUUAUUCUGUUUUACUGCACAGUGACCUGCUGAAAGAAUGGGCAGGACAGUACUUCCAUACUUUUCCAUGCCUAAAACUUCCAUUCAGUAGCUCUGAAGACUCAAAGAGACUGAGGUAGUAGUUAGUGUGUGAAGUUUUCCAUGUUGCUACCUCAUGACAAAAUAUGGUGCAGGGACCCUGAACAGAGUUAUUUCUUCACAAAAAAAAAGGUGAUGUUUGCUUUUGUUUUGGGGUUAAUUUUUUAAAGUUUGAGCAGUGUUGUAGGUUAGGGAGAGAGGAUCUGAUUGUUGAACUCUUCAGGUUAUCAAUCUGUUAAUAUCAGUGUACGUGGAUUUCUAGUUCUGCUGCAUCAUCCUUUUUCUUUUCUGGAACUUUUCCUCCUUAAGUAAGAAAGACCUAUUAAAUGUUCUCCUAUAUAAUGAUUUUUCCUUGCCAACCUCUCAGGUUGCUCACACAGCUAAGGAAGAACUUGCUCAAUGUUACUUCAUAGCCUUUUUAAGGAUUCCUCACAUGAUGAGAAAUCUCAAGUAGUCCAACCUGCCAUUGGUGGAAACGGGAUUCACUCAAAAUAGUUUUCUGCCACCUAAGAACAAGUUGUAUUACCCUAAGAUGUCUGCCAAAUCCUGACUUGGAUCACCAGUAUCUGUAUGGGUGUAAAGGGGGCAAACACAUGUCACCAGAAAGCAGAAAACAGUUGUGAUUAAUCUUUUCAGUGCAAAUGGCCUCUGUGGAGAAUGAUAGAGAAAACUGUGAUUGAGAUUUUCUUGUAAGCAUUCCCAUUAAUAAUUGCUGUAUUACUUCUUCCAACUUGAGCCUGUGUACUGAACUGCAGCUCAUAGUAUAACCUUGUCCUCCAAUUGUCUGAAUAUUCAGGCAUUGUUUUUGUUGUUCUGUAAGCCAGUUGCAAAACAAUGCAUUGCAUUCAGCAGUGAGCUAAUUUAUUCUGUCAUAAGUUACAGGACUUUGCAAAACCAUACAGCUGGAGUGUCAAAAUCAGAAGCUUAAUGUUACCAGUAACUUGUACAGCUUUCCAAACAGGUAUCUUUUAUCUGCACCUUGAGUACUUCUUGGUCUGCAUCCUUACAAGAUCCUUACAAGGAAGAUGACCAUUAUAAAUUGAGGGCAAUAGCUUUCUAUAUAUAAAUGCUGCUACACUGGUAUGUUCAGAACUGUGCUAUCAACUCUUCCAGUGUGGUGCUUCAGUACACUUGAACUGUGCAGUAUGUGCAAUGAAUGGCUUUAUUUUAUGAAUGACUCCUUAUGCACUUUGUGGCCUUCUUAUGGCUUAUGAACUUUCUUCCUCUUCCUGGUUAUCUGUAGCCAAACUGUGUUCAAAGCAGUUUGAUUUUAUACAGAGCAUGUGGUUUCAUUUCCAUGUCUGCUGUGCAGGAUAAACUAUUUUGUGCUGUAGAUCCAUAGCACCUCUGUUGCAGUAGUUCUGUAGGCUGCAUGUAAAAACUCAAAGCUUACAGAAUAAGCAGUCUGCUUUUCUCUCAUGCUUUCCUUUAUUUUGACCCUUGUCGUGUUCUCCACGCAGUGUCAAAGUAUUUGAGUAUUUUGUGUAAUUCUAAUCCUUCUAAAAGCCACCUAGAGAACAUACAGUGACCUUGCAGUGGAGGUUUAGUUGUAUUGACUUCCUUCUCCUUGGAAAAUGUUAUCUUACCUUUUAAAGACAGUGUGGUCUGUGAUGUGACCAAAGGUGGACUUGAUUAUUUUAAAGAAGUGAAGAGAGUGCAGAAAUCUGUGUUUAAGUGGGCUUUUUUGACUCUGACCUGAGUCUUGCUGUGAUGCCAUUUUUAGAUAACUGAGUGCAGGAAUAGCUACUUAUAGUAAUUUUAGUUCAGGCUAUCGGGAUUAUUCAGUCAUAGCCAAAAUGUAAAUUGGCAAAGACAAUAUUCAGCUUUGGAAUUUAUGAAUACAGUUAGCCCUUUGAUUACCCUAAGCUUGGUGAAGAGUUACUCUCCUGUUUAUUGGAUAUGUUCUCCCUUAGUUACAUGUUCAUCUCCCAUUAAUUCACUGGAUACCAUGUGUGUGCCUUGUUUGUGCCAGACCCCCCCUGGAAUGUAGUAAAAAAAAUGUUAACAAGGGCAAUUGAAUAUGGGAGACAACAGCUAAAAAUAGACAAUCAGCUUAUUGUUCUACCUUUUUAAUGGGUGUUUAAGGAAUGCUUUAAACUUAAGGACUGAUCUUUCUGGCUUGCUUUACGUAACAAAACAAAACCCCAAAGUUUUGUGGCAUUUUUUUGUCACCUUCAAACUACGAAGUUACCUCUUAAGUAUUUCCCAAAGAUGUUUAAAUUAUUUGUUUUUCUUCAUUAUAAAAACUCAAAGGGAAUAAGAAGAUGCUAUGUUCAGUAAUAUCUUGAACUACAGAACUUGAAAGGGGUGCAUUUAAACUUUCUUGUAACUUAGAUGGUCAGCUUGAUUUAUAUUUGAAGGUAGUGUAUUUAUGUCACACUUUUUUCUGUGCUAGAGGCAAUGGUCUUGGAUGUCUGAAAUACCAAGUAACUAGUUUCUUUAUAUUUCCCUUGCCUAGAUGAAACUUUAAAUCUUACUGCAAGCCUAUUUGGGAAGCACUGAGGCUGCAGUUUUCCGAAGCAGUCAGAAGAUGGCACUGGAGCAUGCAUUCAUCAGAGGGAAAAGGGACUUCUGCCAGGGCCUGUUAGUGUGCACUGGUUGUCACUGUCUGUGGCAUACUGGGGGGACAUGGCAAGUGGCCCGAGUUAGAAAAGCCAUAAAAGUAUAUUUCAGUGAAUAUAGUCACAUUUCUCCGCCCCUUUGUUAUCCAUUCAGUCCCUGUAGAGCUGUGUAAAAACAGGUGAGUUAUGUAUUUCAGAGGGCUGAGCUCAGCCUCCCAGCUGACUGAUAGAUCUGUUUCUGUCUGAGUUCCUGGUCUGUUAGCCUGUAUUGUUUUAAGUAGGUUUACACUUGGGUUUUAUGGAGUUUUGAUUAUUUUAAUUAUAACUGAAACUUCAACCUGUCCACUUGUAUAUUGACAUUACACCUGUCUAGUUCCCUGUUUACAUAAUGCACUCCAUAUAUUUCCUUUCUGAUUGAAGUGUUUGUUAAUGACAAUUUCUGCUAUUGUUUUUGUUCUUAUAAGGACAUUUGUAACAUUCCUCAGACUGUAGCAUUUAAAAAAAGUCCUUCCAGAGACAAAAGAUUGGAGAGCCUUUAUAAAUGUUGCUUCCUGUUUAAAUUCCUAUUUGAAUUUGGAAAACAAGCUGAACACUGAAGUGUGCCUAGGUAAUUGUACUACUUUUUUUUCAACAUUCUGUCUGUUAAAACAAGCUCUGUCAGUUUUGAGUUGUAUUUAAGAGAGUCUGCCUACCCUGCAUAUGUGAACAUAAUGAUGCGCUCGGAGUCAUAGCUAAACACUCACAAGUGACAGUGAGGACACUUCAGUGCUUGUGUGAGGUUUGCUAUUAUUCUUGCAUACGUGCCAUUGGCUGUAAACUAUGUGCAUUUACUCUGUAUUUAUAUAGUUAACUUUUUUGUUUGGAUUGCUUUAAAUUUCAAAGUAAAUUAAAACUUUGUGCUUCUAUUUGAAUGUUGCCUUCUGUGCUAAACUGUACAUUAUUUGUAACCUUCUGAUUUUUCUAUUAUUGAUAAAUACCAGUGCCUGGACAGUUGUGAUUAAAAAUAAGCAAUUCAUUAGGA